AUGGCGAUGCUAGAGAAGGCGAGCCCGGCAGAGGGAGUGAGCGCUUCCGCCAGGUCUUCCCCCGGGACUUCCGCCGUCCUUCCGCCGUCGGCCCUUCCGUCGGUUCUUCCACCAUCGAUCGUUCCGCAGUACGAGCGACUGUUUUUUGCGUCGAGGGCUUUAGGCGAGGAUGAGGGGACAGCGCGGGUUUUAGGCGGAGCGGACGGCACAGCGCAGGUUUUAGGCGGAGCGGACGGGACAGCGCGGGAUUCAAGAGGAGCUGACGAGACAGCUCGGGAUUUAGGAAGAGCGGACGGAACAGCGCGGGUUUUAGCCGAGCGGAAAGGGGCAGCGAGGGGUUUAACGGGCGACGACAUCGAUCAGCUUGUAGUGCAGAACGAAGCCGCCUUGUCACGCGCUGAUGCUGAUCGGAACGCCACAGUCAGUGAACGCGCUGCGGUCAAUGAACGCGCUACAGCCGACCUGGGCGCUACAGCCGAUCGGGCUGCUACAGCCUCUCACGACGACGACAAUUUAGCUGGGCGGGAAGCUACAGUAAUGCACCGCGAUGCUGCUGCAGCGAAAGGAGCAGAUAGUAGUCGUGAAGAUGCUGUCACGAGGGAUGCCAUUGUCGAAGGUGAGACUACCGUGACGCACGUUGUCACUGAGGCGCGCGGAGAUACCCGUACAAUAGCGAGAAUGCCGCUAACGAGUCCGAUUAUUGACUUGACGCUAGAGGGGAGCGACACGUCUGACGUAGAGCAUGCACGGGCUGACGUUAGCGCCGCCAGAGCUGACGUGGAGAACACUGGGGCUGACGUAAGCGAUACAAGGACGGGCGUGGAGGAGUCUAGAGUCCCCAUGAACAUGGAAAGUACAAGGGCUGAUGGCGUGGAGCAGUCAACGGCUGACGUGGAAACGACAUCGGCUGACGUGGAACAGUCAACGGCGGACGUGGAAGCGAAGAGAGCCAAGGUGGACGAGGCAAGGACAGACGAGCAGGCCAGAGAGGGCGGGGAGGCUAUGAGUGGUGUAGGGGCGGAGACACGGGAUGAGCGCGAGGAGCGAGCAGGUGAGGCGACGGCAGGCAAGACAACGUCAGGUGGUGAAAUGGCAAUGGGGGCUGCGGAGUACGCUGGGGCGAGGGAAGGGGAGAGGGGAGCGGAUGGGGCGGAGAAGAUUGGCAAAGGGAGGAGAAAGAAAGGACGCCGAGAGGGGAGAGGAGAGGAGGAGGGGACGAUGACAGUGGCAGGCGAGGGACAGGCGGAGGUGUUGGAGGGCGGGCAGAAUGAAAACCAGGAGGACGGGCAGGAGAGGAAAAAGAAAAGGAAGAAGAAGUCGAAGGGCAAGGGAGCAGAAGGAGCAACGGGCGAUGGCGCAGCAGCGAGUCAACUGCAGGGCGACCAGUCGGAACCCCAAGGGAAGGCCCAGUCAGAGCCUCAGUGGAAAUCGGAAGCAGGCGAGGCAGGGGGGGAGGCAGGCGGGGAGAGCGUGGAGAUGCGGCGGCUGUUGCGGCUGCCACGUUACUUCACACCGGCCGAGGGGCAGCACCAGUGCUACCUCUGUGGCCUCGUGCUCGCCGGGCCCCUUCCCCACCUCUGCCAGGGCGUGCAGCAGGGGGACGGGGGUGAAGGGGGAACUGGGGGAAGGGCGGGGGAGGGCGAGGGCGAGGGGAGGGUGUGCUGCGUGUGUGGGGGGUUGGGGCAUUGGGAGCGGCGGUGCCCCGAGAGGGUGAUGUGUGUGCGCUGUGGGCAGCCGGGCCACGUGGUCAGGCACUGCCCCUCCCGCACGUGGACCCGGGCGCAGGGGGCGGCUGGUGAUGGCGGGCGCAAGGGCGCUCACGGUGGCCGUGGUGCUGCUGGUGGUGGGGGUGGGGAUGGUACCGUUGCUGCUACUGGCGAUGGUGGCACUGCUGCUGCUUCUGCUGCUGCUGCGGGCGGAGAGAAAAAGGCUGAGGUUGAUGAGGGGGCGAAGGCGGAGGGGGAGGGGGCGCAGAGGGGAGGGAGGGAAGGGGGGGCAGCGGAGUGCAUGCGGUGUGGUGGGGAGGGGCACGUGUUUGGGGAGUGCUGGCAGCCGUAUGACCCCGCUGACCUGGCGAGGGUGCAGUGCCACGUGUGCCUGCAGUGGGGUCACCUGGCGUGCGCUGACCUGGCAGACCCGCCGCCCAAGCCGUCGUGCUGCUGCUGUGGCGCCAGGGGACACCACGGCGAGGUGAGCGGCAGCAUGAAGGAGUGCCCCUCUGCUCGCCAUUUCAACUCCUUCAACUUUGCUUCACACAGCCCCGCCACCAGAUACAAGACAGCAGGUGCCGAUUCGCCUGCUGCUCACCUGAGGGCAGCGGGUGCGGGCAGGGGGGCGGAGGGGCGGCGGUGCUUCCGGUGUGGCGAGGCGGGGCAUUUGAUUAAGGACUGCCCCAAGACGUUUCGCAGGGGGCGGGGCACGCAGGAGGAUGAGGGGGAGGAGGGAAGUGGAGACGCAGAGGGGGGUGGGGGAGAUGGGGGGAUUUGGGGGAGGGGAGGGAAGAAGCGCUUUGUUAAGGCUCAGCUGAGUAGUGAUGAUGAAGAGGAAGAGAUGGAUGGUGGUGGUGGUGGUGGUGGUGGUGGUGGUGGUGGUGGUGGUGGUGGUGGUGGUGGUGGUGGUGGUGGUGGUGGUGGUGGUGGUGGUGGUGGUGGUGGUGGUGGUGGUGGUGGUGGUGGUGGUGGUGGUGGUGGUGGUGGUGGUGGUGGUGGUGGUGGUGGUGGUGGUGGUGGUGGUGGUGGUGGUGGUGGUGGUGGUGGUGGUGGUGGUGGUGGUGGUGGUGGUGGUGGUGGUGGUGGUGGUGGUGGUGGUGGUGGUGACGGGGAUGACACGAGGUUUGUGGGGUAUGAUGACAGUGAUGAUAGCGGGGAGGAUCGUAUCAAGGAUAGUAUCAUGAUUGCCGCCCGCUUUGACACCGGGAGAGGCGGCAAACGGCAGCAGGGGCAGAGAGGGCUGUGGGGGCGGAAGGGGCAGCAGGGGCAGAGAGUGCAGCACAAGCGGUUCUGGGACAGUGAUGAUGGUAGCCACGGCAAUGGCAACCCCGGUGGCCAUGAGUAUGAGGAGGAGGACGAGGAGGGUGGGUGGAGGAAUGUGAGGGGGGCAGGGCAGGUGGAGAGGAAGAGACGUGGGGGUUGGGAGGAGGAGGGGGAUGACGGUGCUGGGCGGGGUGGGAAGAGAGGGAAGCGGCAGCAAUUUGAGGGGGGUAGGUCUGCUUGGGAUGAGGACGAGGAGGAGGAGGAGCUUUGGGGAGGAGGAGGUGGGAGGAGGGGGGGCAGAGCAAGCAACGGGAAUUUUGGGGAGGAUGGAAAGGGUUGGGGGGGUGAGAGGGAGAGAAAUGCAGAGGGGUGGAGUGGAGCGAAAAAGGGGAGGUGGCACAAGGGUGGUGGCGAGGCGAGGGUUGCAUGGGGGAUGGGGACAGGGGGCAAGCAGGGAGGCUCACAGGGGAAGGGCGGAGGGAGCAAGAAGGAGAAGGGGGCAGGAAAGGGAGGUUGGGCGGGCAGCAAGCACUUGAGCGGUCAGAAGAGGAAGCGCAACGAGGGGAAGAAGGGUGGCAACGAGGGGAAGAAGGGUGGCAACGAGGGGAAGAAGGGUGGCAACGAGGGGAAGAAGGGUGGCAACGAGGGGAAGAAGGGUGGCAACGAGGGGAAGAAGGGUGGCAACGAGGGGAAGAAGGGUGGCAAGCCCAGGUGGACGGGAUGA